CGUGCGUCUGUGUGAGCGGCAGGAACACCCCCCUCUCGCCGCCUCCGCACACACUGCUGUCAGUCUGGGACUAGCGCGUUAACCCUCGUUUUGGCUGCAUGUAUUCUGUGAUGGUUGCAUUACUAGGCUAUUCAUCAUAGAAGCGUUUGCUCCUCUUGUGAAACGCUUUGCCUUCCUUGUGGCGGGAGAUUUUAUUUCAUACCCUCUGUGGUGCUAUAAUCUCAGGCCUGGUGUUAUUGGCAGCGGUGCCAUGGCGGGAGUUGUGGCGCUGUUGAGCGGAAAGCGCUGAGCCUAGUAACUGGAGGCUGCUACUGUGCCAAUACCAAUCCAGCUGAAAGCAGCUGGGCCUGGCUGGCUGGAGGUUUCUCUCUACCUUCUUCCGUCACUCCCACCCUCCGUCCCUCCCAGGCCCUGUGCCGGAGCAGGACACAGAAAGUGGGUCACUGGGUCAGCUCAGGCAGCCAGUGUGACUGAAAUCCUGCAGUUCCUCCCAUGCUGAAGCAGUGCUCUGACAAAACCCAGCUAUCCUAAGUGAUAGUGCUUCACAUGCUCACAGUCUCCCAGACCACAUCCAGUUAGAGAAUGUCAGCUUGAUAACAGUGAUACACUCAGUGGUGUCUCCUGAAUUGUUAUGCUGGCACUCGUACUAAGUGUGUCACACUAACGACUAUGGUUUGCGCUGGCUGUGGAUUAUUAAGUAAUUGAGUGCUGCUGGCCUUAUCUGACCGGCUGUCUGAACUCGUGUUGGUAGCUGUUAGCAUAUUUGUGUACAUUUUUGGGAUAUCCGUAUUUAGUUUUUGGUUCCUGCCAGUCUGUUAUAUACUGCAGACAAACACCACGAUGCUGCUCAUGAAAUGAUUGAGACCAUUCGGUGGGUGUGUGAGGAGAUCCCAGACCUUAAGCUGGCCAUGGAGAACUAUGUCCUCAUCGACUACGACACCAAGAGCUUCGAGAGUAUGCAGAGACUUUGUGACAAAUACAAUAGAGCCAUUGACAGCAUCCACCAGCUGUGGAAAGGCACAACUCCGCCCCUGAAGUUGAACAAGCGGCCGUCCAAUGGGCUGCUCAGACACAUCCUGCAGCAGGUGUACAACCACUCGGUCACGGACCCCGAGAAGCUCAACAACUAUGAGCCCUUCUCCCCCGAGGUGUACGGCGAGACCUCCUUCGACCUGGUGGCCCAGAUCAUCAACGAGAUGGAGAUGAUGGAGGAUGACACCUUCGUAGACCUCGGCAGCGGGGUGGGACAAGUGGUGCUGCAGGUUGCCGCAGCAACGAACUGUAAACACUACUUUGGUGUGGAGAAGGCAGACAUUCCAGCCACUUAUGCUGAGUCUAUGGAUAAAGAAUUUAAGAGGUGGAUGAAGUGGUAUGGGAAGAAGCACGGGGACUACACGCUGGAGAGGGGGGAUUUCCUGUCUGAAGUGUGGAAGGACAGGAUCGCCAACACAAGCAGUGUUAUUUUUGUGAACAACUUUGCCUUUGGUCCAGAAGUGGAUCACCAGCUAAAGGAGCGCUUUGCUAACAUGAAGGAAGGUGCGAAAAUUGUAUCAUCAAAACCUUUUGCACCUCUAAAUUUUAGAAUCAACAGUCGAAACUUGAGUGACAUUGGCACAAUAAUGAGAGUCGUUGAGCUGUCUCCGUUGAGGGGUUCAGUGUCCUGGACAGGGAAGCCAGUUUCCUACUACCUUCAUACAAUAGACCGCACCAUACUUGAAAACUAUUUUCAUAGUCUCAAAAAUCCUAAACUCAGGGAGGAGCAAGAAGCAGCUAGGCGUCGACAAGAAAAGAAUAGUAAAGACAGUAAAAACAACACCCCAACCAAGGCAAAGGAGCACAAGGAUUCCUGCGGGGAGGAUGAGCAACCGAGGCUAUUGGCAGUCGUGAAGGCGUCACCCAAACCCCGCCGCGCCAAACUCCUCAGCAAAGGCCGCAAGCUGAGCGCUCGGAAGCGCGGGCGUCCCAAAAAGGCAGCCGUGACUGCAGCCGAACGCAAGAGCAAGAAGAGCCAGAGUGCCCUGGAGCUGCUGCACGCCAAGACCAUCUCUGCAGCACCCCCUCAGGAUGCAUACAGGUCACCUCAAAGUCCCCUCUACCAGCUACCUCCCAAAGUUCAGCACUAUGCGUCUGGGCAACUGCUGCUGGGCCCCACUCCUCCUGGCCUACAACAGCUUCUAGACAACAUUAAAGUCCAGUACCUCCAGUUCAUGACCUACAUGAAGACACCUCAGUACCACAAUCACCUGCAGCAAGUCCUGGAGCAGGAGAAGCUAAAACACAGAGAGCUCUCUGGGCAGGCGGAGCAGCUGCAGACUGUGUGUCAGACCCACAAAGAGAAGAUCAAAGGCCUCUUCCACACCAAACUGGAUGAGCUGGGAGUGAAGGCCCUAACUGUGGAGGACCUGCUGCAGGCCCAGAAGGAGAUCUCAGCCCACAACCAUCAGCUGAAGGAGCAAACCAAGCAGCUGGAGAGAGACAUGAUCGAGCUGAGGGACCACAGCCUGCUCCUGUUGAAGUCUCGGUGUGAAGAGCUGAAGCUGGACUGGAGCUCUCUGUGUCUUGAGAGCCUGCUGAAGGAGAAGCAGGCCCUACGCAGACAGAUCUCCGAAAAACAGCGGCACUGUCUCGAGCUACAGAUCAGCAUCGUGGAGCUGGAGAAGAGUCAGAGACAACAGGAGCUGCUCCAGCUCAAGUCCUACAGUCCCUGUGAGGAUUCCCCUUACCGUAAGGGCCUCCCUACCCUGGACCACGACACCCCCAAACUGAGCCUGGUCGUGGCCGACCUCAGCCCCGAACUGUCCAUCAACAGCACCGCCUCGCCCUGCUUCGACAGGAGGGCCACCAAGGGAGAGCUCCUCUCCCGCUACCUGCCCAUCUCGCCUGACCACGAGAUUGUGCCCCCCACCCCGGACGCCCGGCACAGGCAGCUGGGUCACCCCCUCCCUGACUACACACGCUUCUCCCCAGCCAAGAUCGCCCUGCGCAGACACCUGAACCAGGACUCUAGUACUGCACACUUCAGAGGCUUGGGCUUCACUGGUCUCAGGGGGGAUAUGGGCGCCAUCACCUCUCCACUAGGCGCUAAACUGAGCUGCCUGUCUCCCAACUCAUCAGACAGUCAGCAGAACAACAUACUCAGGAGUGCUGAGAGGGGGGGUAAGGAGAAGAGUCCAGCAGGGGGUCCGGGUGAAGCCAUCACCAGCCUGCCCAUCAGUAUCCCCCUCAGCACAGUGCACCCCAGCAAACUGCCCGUUAGCAUCCCCCUGGCCAGUGUGGUGCUGCCCAGCCGAGCAGAGAGACUGAGGAGCACACCGAGUCCUGUGUCCCAGACAGGCCAGACCAACGGGUACUCCUCUAGCUUAGGGCUGAUGAACGGAGGCUCUCAAUCUGAUGAACAGGACGGGGCUGCCCCCUCCCCUCCCCCUCAUGGUGCCCCUCCAAUGGGACCAACACAAGGCCACAGCCCCCCCCUCAGCACCGGAGGAGUCCUCCAGUAUGCCGACGGCACCCCCAGAAUCCUCCCUGAGGACAGGGCCGAGCGCCAGGGCGAGUCUGACUCUGAGCCCCAGGACAGCGAGUCCAGACGCCGCAUGUUCUUCUCUUCUUCCUCUUCAUCGUCUUCCUCCUCCUCUGGGGGCGCCGCUUCUCGCCUCCGCCUCGGCUCGGCCAGACAAAGCCAGCAUCACCUAGGUAGCCACAGUAACCACAACAACCACCACCACUCGCCGGGCUCCCAACACACAAACUCUCACGGCCAUGCGUCUCAGGAGGAACGCAAGCGUGGGAGGAGGAAGCGAAGCUCAACGGGGGCUCAACCUGCCAGUGGCUCCCCAAAGAGGAAGUCCUUUCCUGGGCUCAGCUCCACCAAUCACCCAUCAGGAUCCCCACUCAACAUCAACUCCAUGGUGAACAACAUUAACCAGCCUCUGGAGAUCGCUGCCAUCUCUUCCCCGGAGCAGUCUGGAUGUAGCCCCUGUGGUCCAGACAUGGACCAGCCCCCUGUAUUGAAGCGAGAACGCCCUCUGGAGAUGAAUGGCUCAGGAUGCUACUCCUCCGCACCCAGCUCUGAUGACGACUCUGGCUACCCCGCGGACAGCUCCAGCUCAAGAAUUGAAAGGAAGAUUGCCACUAUUUCCUUGGAGAGCAGAGAUGGACCAGGCAGACCAGGGGACAGGGAGCGCGGAAGGAAGUCAGGAGGCAGCAGCAGUAACAGCACAGGAAGUGAGGUCUCCUCUUCAUCUUCCUCCUCAUCCAACAGCAAGUGGAAAUCCACCUUCUCCCCCAUCUCCGACCUCAAGCAGCCCCUGUCCGAGGUGAGGCAGGGGGGCUCCCCCUUUGGCACAGGGAGAGAGCCGCGGGGCCUGGGCACGGGUACGGACUCAGACUCUGAUCACAAACCGCAGCAGCAGAGGAGGGGGUGCGAGGGGGCCGGGGGCGAGCCCUCUGGGUUUCAGGACAUCCCCCUUAAACCCUUCCUUAGCCAAGAGUUUGGGGGCCGGUCGGGGGCAGGGGCCCAGGGAGGAAGCAGCUCUGAGAGGCAGGCCAUGCCCAAACAGAAGCCCCGGGGUGAGUGGGAGCUGAAGACAUCCAGCAGCAUGGGCAACAGCCAGAAUCUCUUCAUCUCUGCAGCCGUCAGCGGGGGUAUCCUGAGCGGCAAGGUAGGGGGCAUCCCCGUAUCUUCAGCCUCAGGGGCCUCUGUUGGACAUUACCUGGGGGCCCAGUUCCCCCUUGGGGGCGCCUCUGUCCUCCAGUCCCUGUUCGGAACCCAGCCGUCCGGAACCUCUGUGACCGGGGCCCCGCGCCUGGUCAAUGGACACUCUUCCCUGGGGAGCUUCUCCAGCGCUGGGCUGGCAGGCAUGUUUCACCACGUGGUGCCCUCAGUGUCCUCCCAUCAGUUUGGGGCUGCGCUGCCAGCCUCAGGAGGCCUCAGCUCUCUGCUCAGUCUCUCCUCCUCCCAGCAGCACCAACAUCCUGCCCCCCAGUCAGGCUCCUCCUUCCUGGCCUCUGUAUCCUCCUCCCUCCCCCUCUCCCAUUCCCAGCACAGCCGCACCCAAACAGUGCUGCACACCCCUCCAACCCCCACGCUCUCCCUGCCCCCUCCACCACCACAUAUCAACGUCUCCUCCUCCUCAGUCUCGUCCUCUGACCCAAGUCCCUCGUCUCGCUCUGAGGCCUUCCCCUCUUCUCUCCAGCAACAGAGAGUCCAGUCCUCCUCUAUCUCGGUCUCCUCCUCUGCUUCUGUCUCCCCCUCUUCUUCACCUUCCUCUCGUAGCUUCACAGUGCACUACCCCCCUCAUCUGCCCCCUCCAACCCAGACCAGUAGCUCAGGAGGUGGGGUCAGCAUGUGGAGGACUCUGGGCUUGCCUACUUCCUACACGUCGUCCUCUCAGCACCCUGGCUCCUGGCCUAGAUAGGGCAUAGGGUGAGGGGCGGGUGGGGGAUGUGGUAUAGGGGGUGUGGGUCAAUCAGAGGGAUAAGAGGAAGAGACUGGUAGGGAGAGACACACAGACAACCUGGUUUUCCUGUGCUUCCAAAGCUGCUAUUCAGUUAUAACAAGGUAACUGAAGAAUAUCUACCUCAACCCAACGUAACCUAUGCAAAUGGACAGGUGUGGACCAAUGGACAAUACUAUUUCACUCGUGCUCCUAAGCCUGCUAAACCGCCACUGUACUGGGACUCAACACACACACACACACACACACACACACACACACACACACACACACACACACACACACACAGAGCUGAGCACACAUACACACACUGCUUCGGCAACUCACGCUGACACAUACUCGCAGCAUGGCGUCCUGAGCAGAGUUGAGCGGUCACGGGGGUGUUUGUGUUGUGGGUUGAGGCUGAUAGUAAUCACUGGGUUGUGUUCAUCCCAUCCUUAAUGAAUUGGUAUGCUGCCUACUCUUAACAUUAUAGUGACACAUGAAACGCACUGUUUCCAUGGCAGUAACUUGUAAAGGUACAUCACUGUCACCAUGUAACGUGGUGCUAAUAAGACUUACUAAAUAUACAUAGUUAUUUGUUAAAGACUCAAUUCACACAGUUGACUACAGAAGAAGUCAGUCAGCAGUGUAGUUUUACAUAUCACUGAUGCCGUUAUAUUAGUAAAGGCAGACAGUGUGUACAGUGGGAGAUUCGUGUGGGUCUGUCAUUCUAGUAGACGGCACUCUCCUCUUCUCUUCAUUAUCUGACCACCGGGUGCUAUGUUAGACCUCACGCUCCACGCACACCAUCACACACACGCUAGACCAGUCUAACCCAGCUCUGAUCGGGACUAGGGACCAUGCAGCUGUGCCUCACUGCAUCUCUAGCACCCUGCUACCUAACCUUGAACCCUGAUCAUUUGUUCAGUGAAUGAAAUGUCAUUUGAACACAUUAGCUUUUGGCUAAUGUUAGCUUUUGGCUAAUGUUAGCUUUUGGCUAAGUAUAAAACAGGGGGAAGCUGUUUGUUCAAAUGCACUGGGUAACAUAUCUGUGUACCCUGUGACAAUGUCCCUGGUGCAGGGACAGCACUAUAGUCAGCCGUCAGCCCAGAGUAAAAGGUUCUUAGUUAUAUUGGUGUAAUUAUUGUCCGUGUCAAGUCAAAGGAUAAUUUAUGUGAAUCACGGUUCUCAUUCACUUAAGUGCUGCCGGCUGAGCUGUGCGUCAACACAUGCAUGAUGUGAACAGCAGAAGGACUGGAGGAUAGAAAGUGGAAACAGGAUUCAGUUACUGAGACAGUCCGGUUAUAAUCACUACUUAUAGAGCCAGCUGGAGUGCUAGGGGCGUAGGGACCCGCAACGCAAUGUGCAUUCUUCACAAGUAGGAAUCUCAACUACUCUUAAUCUAAGCUUCUUUGUUAUGUUUUUAUAUCCCUGCCGAAACACUGAUAUGAUGAAAAUGCAGGUGUAAUUUUGGGACUCAAAUGUUGUUUGUGUUGUAUUCAGGCAAGUCUCUGGAGUCACAUCUCACUGAGUUCACAGGGUAGAAAUGCUGUCUGUACGUGUCACCUUUUGUCCACUAACACUGUAGUGGCGCUUUCUGCAGCCACUUCAACCUGCACACACUGAUAUACAAACACCGCUCACACACUGGGAAAUGCAUGACUAACAAAAACUACUGGGCCAUUUUCACAGCUUUUCAUUGGAUUUUCUAUUUCAUUUUUGUAAACAGUAUUGUACUGUGAAUAAGAGACAUUCUCUGACUGUAUAAUUGUGUAUAAUUUAGAUUAUUAUAUUUAUGCUGUCAAGUUGUGUUUUUGUUUUCCUGAAACAUGUGUAACAGUGUAGAAUGCAAUAGGUUUAAGUGUGUACUUGACUCACAGUCUGAAAACAAUGGUGCUACAAUCUGUAUAACUCUGGACUGUGCCUCAUAUUAUUUAUACAAUAUUAAGAACAUCAAUAACUGUCAAUACUUGGUGCUUGUCCACAGGGACAUUUUAAAUGCUAUUUUCUGGCAUUCUUUCUCGUAUUUAAAAUGCAAUUAUCCAAUUGAAUUGUUUUAAGCCUAGUGUACAACUGUUGACACUGCACGAUUUGAUAAAGCUAUCUUCAACCUACGGCUGACUCCGAGUUAUGAAAACAGGUAACGCUCUCAUUAGAUGUGAUUUUUCACAGUAUUUUUUGGCAUACUGCGAAACACCCUUUUGCUUUCAGAAACUUGCAAAUUGUUCAGGACUAUUUGUAAAUGCAUGUGACGCUGUGUUUUGUACAGAUAAGUUUGUGUUAAGAAUGGUGUGUAGGUGAAUAAGAAAUGCCUAGAUUGAUUUUGGGGUAUUAUAUUUGUAUGUUUUUUUUAUUUUUUCAUUUGGUGCUGAUGUGUGACCCACAUCUACAAGCCUGUCAAACAGGUUGGGCUUGGAAACAAGGGAAACAGCAGUGCGGAGUUGUUUAAAUCAGGGCCUUAAUAGAGUGAGUGAAACACCAUGACUGUUCAGUGUCAAUGAGGGCAUGCCAGUCACAUGGCACAGUCUCCUCUGAUAUACACAGGGAAACUCUAUGCUUGUACUAUUAUGUGGUUAACACAUACAGAGGGAGAGAUUUGUGCUGCAACUAGACUGUCUUGAUUUGUUCUGGAUUGUAAAUCAGAUUUACUUCAUGCUUUUUAAAGAGAAACCUCUACUCUGUGAAACAACAUGUCUUUCAGUCAUUGUAAAAUAAUAUAUUCUAAACUAGAAAAGGUGCUGUUUCAACCAUACAAACUGAUUUCAGGUAAGGUUCUGGGUGCAUUCAAAAGCCUCCUUCCCAUAGUAUGAGCAUAAUACAUCUGUUGUAAUUACAAGUUAAUUGUUCCAAUAUAACUGUUCGUAGAAUAACUAGUAUGCGUUACGUGGGUUUGCAACAACCAGGCUCCAUUUUGAUCUGAUUGUCAUUUGCCAGUCCUUACUAAUUGAGGAUGUGAAGCAGGAUAUUAAUUUAUCUUCAUUGUUUUGUUUGUUUCAUCUGUAUCUUUGAGGAGAAAUAAGACAUCACAGCUUUAUAGUCACAAUGUUGUCCAGUAGACAACAGUGCUUUGCAAUCAGGAAUGAGGACAAUGAUUUGCUCAUGUCGGUCAUGACCAGAGAAGCUAGUCCCCUGUUAUCAGCACUGACAGGUCUUUUGUAAUUACUGUUAUUGUUGAUGUUUUCAUUAUUAUUUUUUGUUUGAUAUAAUUGCAGUUGGUAUCAAUUAUGCUUUUAUUAUGACAUAAGAUUCAGAUCAAAUUGGAAUACUCUUAGACAGACAGUACGGUGCUCUCCUACACUUAAAACAAGGAAAAUGCAGCUACUGAUUAAUACACUUCCUCUCCUGUUGUGCUAGAGGAGGGAAAAGAUUUAAUAAAAUUCAACACAAGCUCGCUUGUUGACUUAUUAUUAAUGUCCCAUCUGAAAAUAUACUUCCUAGUUGGCUGGAGUGGCAAUGUGUGUGGGAGAGAGAAUAAUAUUGUGUAGUGAAUAUUGUUACUUCGACGUACCCCAUUUUAAAUAUGUCCCCUAAAGAAGUACACAUGAUCUCUGGCAAAUUUGGAUACAUAUUUAAUACCGUAGUGCAGUAUACUGCUCUAUUAACUUUACAAUUAAGACUUUCACAUAGCAAGACUCUGAAUCCUGCCAAAGGUCUCACUCAGGAACAUAGCAGAUAUCUUGAAACGAUAUAACACUAUACGUCACACUUAUCUAUAAACUGUGACUUCAUUAUCUCUUUCCCUAACUCAGGACCAGGGACCUCUCUUAUAUUUUGAUGUAACUUGAAAAAUCAUAUUGGUGCUUGGAGUUGACAAACUUCCUCGAAGAUGUAUGUUUGUCUCCUCAAUUUCUCACUGUCGCACACAUCCAGCCACUCCAGCAAAAGAUUGCAGCUUUGUGUUCGACUGGUCUGACAAUGUCGUGGAAAAUCCUCUUCUUACACUCUCACAAAUGCCUCGUCUCACUCCCUCUCUCUGAAAAGGAAUUAAUGUCCUACAUAGGGAGAACGCUGUGUAGUUGGACUGAAUUUGAACUCUAUGUGGAUCAGUAGAACUAAGGGCAGGUUUGAGGUGCAAUAACAGCAAACCCACGUUUCAAAACGCCUUGGGCUGUCAUGGGAACUCUUGUCUGGUGUUGGUGCUAUUAUCUUAGAUGUGUAAUGACAAAUUGAAAUUUGCUUUUGUUUAUUUGCCUUUUUAUGAUAAUUAUUAAUAAAAUGGUUUCUUAUAAAGUA